AUGUCAUCCAACAUAAAUGUUCUCCUACUGCCACUCUUGCCUGUCACUGAUAACGAUCAUAGUGCUUGGGUUAUCACCGUGAGCACUAUCCUACUUAUUAUCACUAUCCUCGCGACAACAGUGACGGUGAUAUCUCGCAUUCGUGUUUUGCGCAGAGUUUCCUGGAGCGAUUCAACUCUAUUUCUCAGUUGUAUCAUAUUUAUCCCUCAGACUGUGUGUGUGAAUGUAGCCAGCUCGCAUGGCAUUGGCAAGCAUCGAUAUGUAUUGAGCAAUGCCUCGUUUGAAAAAUAUAGCAAGACAUUCUUCGCUAGUCAACUUCUCGCUAUUGUCGUCUUAGGAUGUUCCAAGGCAGCUGUUGCGCUCCUCAUCCUAUCCUUGCAACCCUUUGAGAAAAUAACGCUUGCAAGUAGGGUUGCUUUAGGUCUGAUCAGUACCUGGGCUCUGGCAACACUCAUAGCGCUCGGAAGACAGUGCAAGCAACUACAACCGUGGAACUCCAGCCCCGAGCGAUGCGUGAAUCAAGAAGUUUUAUAUAUCGCGCUAGGAGGGACCCACAUGUUAUUAGACGUGGUAAUAAUUGUACUACCAGUGGUUUUACUACAUCAAGUGCAGAUAAUACGGUGGAAGCGCCACCAAAUCUCUGCCCUUUUUGCGCUGCGGAUCCUAGUUCUAGCCCUGACCAUUGCCGGCCUACACUCCCUCCGACCACUAUAUAACUCCAACCAUCUAGAUGAAACAUGGAAUGCCCUCAUGCCAGCCAUCUGGCUACAAUUAAUCCUCAGCUCUUCCAUUCUCUGCACAUGCCUCCCAACCCUCAAACGGGUUAUCGCCGAGCUUCAGACAGGCAUGAUGGCUGGUGUAGUCUCGGAUUUCUUUGAACAAUCCAUCUCGGGUCACACCAACUCGGGAGAUCGAUCAGCUUCCAAGUCUGACAAUGCCAUUGGGCAGCGAUCGGGAUCAGGGUCGGCGUCCCACUCCCAAAUUCCAAGAGAAUUGUUCGAUUUCGAGCAUGGGGACAGUCAAAAGAAAAUUUUCCCAUGGCUUACUGGCCAGGUUGUCAACGAGGGCGCAGGGGAUGGUAAUACGGGCGUCUUCAAAAUAACUCCUCUCGACAAAAUCCAGCUCGUGGUGAAAGAUCUAAGGCAUGACCCCUCCGCGCCGACAAUGGACGGGCUUCGCCAGGCCAAGUUCCCUUUUACCAUGCUCGACGAGAAAGUCAUUGCUCCUUGUACAACUUUGGACCUACCGGGCAAUUUGCCAAAUAUCACGACGGAGUCAGCAUUGGUCUUCUGUGUCCAGGCGAAUUUAAUCGAGGGCGGUUUGAUGCUCACGCUGGUCGCUCAGCAUAAUGUCAUGGACAUGACUGGCCAAGACUCUAUCAUCGGAUUGCUGUCCAAGGCUUGCCACCAUGAGCCGUUCACAAGCGAGGAGCUUGCAGUCGGUAACAUGGAUCGGAGUCAUGUCAUUCCAUUACUGGAUGAUUCGUACACCCCGGGCCCUGAGCUUGCUCGCCAGAUUGUGAAACCCCCGCCAAGCGUCGAAACUAUCGUCUCGAAUCCUAUUACACCUCCAAAAUCUACAUGGGCCUAUAUUGAAUUCUCUGCGGCCCAGCUUGGCUCCCUCAAGGCUCUCGCUACCAAUACAUUGCCCGCCUCCACGGACUUUAUCUCUACUGACGAUGCUGUUAACGCUUUUAUCUGGAAAUUCAUUGCCCGCGCCCGGGCUUCUCGUCUGGAAGCGACUUCUGAAUCGAUGCUUACGCGUGCUGUCGACAUGAGACAGCGCUUUGGUAUUCCCCAGGACUAUCCAGGUCUCCUGCAGAAUUUAACAUACAACACCGAUACUGUCCAAAAACUCCUCGAAAAGCCUCUAGGCAUCGUUGCCGCCGAGCUUCGUUCCCAGCUCGAUUCCAAGAAAAAUGAUCUUAUUUUCAAUACCCGUGCCCUCGCUACAGUUCUCAGUCGCUCGGUUGACAAGACCAAGGCCUCUCUUACUUCCACGGUCAAUGUUUCCUCGGAUGUUAUGCUUAGUUCGUGGUCGAGGAUUAGCUGUUACGAUCUCGACUUCAAUCUAGGAUUGGGUAAGCCUGAAGCUGUGCGAAGACCACAUUUUACCCCCUUUGAGGGCUUGGGAUACUUGAUGCCUCGAUCGGCCGGUGGUGAGAUGCCUGUUGGUAUCUGUCUGAGAGACGAAGAUUGGGAACGGUUAAAGGUAGAUGGGGAGUUUACGAAGUACGCUAAGUAUAUUGGGUAA